GAGCAGGAUUGCCUUUAAUUAACACUGAGGCACCGAGAAAAGAAAAACACAUUCACUGAACAGCUGGAAAGGUGAUGUUUCUGUACAGACAAGCAGGAAGUGAGAUAGUUUGACCAGGCGUCUCAGUUAAGCUUGAGCAAUCAGAAUCAGCUGUCAUGCAUAAUUUCUUUAUUUACUAUAUUGAGAGAGCCAUGAUCAGCCUGAAGGUUGUGAAAGAGCUCUUUUGUUUAACCUUCGGGACCUUCUUCUAUGUUUUUGAGGCCUUUGCGCGGCUGUUGGUCCAUCCACCUAGAAAGGAUGUUGAAGGGGAGAUAAUCUUGGUUACUGGUGCUGCCCAGGGUAUUGGAAAGCUUAUAGCAGAGAAGUUUGGCAUGCUCGGGGCCACCCUGGUGCUUUGGGAUAAUAACUUGGAAGCCAUUGAACAAACAGCAAAAGAGCUGAGACGCAGUUUGGAUGUCAGGGUCUAUGCCUAUGUUUGUGAUUGCAGCAGACGGACAGAGGUUUACAAAGUUGCAGAAAUGGUGAAGAGAGAAGUAGGUGAUGUGUCCAUACUGGUGAACAAUGCCGGAGUGGUAACAGGAAAGUACAAUUUUACAGAUGCUCCAGACAGUUUGGUGGACAGAACCUUAAGGGUUAAUGCAGCAGCACAUUUUUGGACCUACAAGGCUUUUUUACCUACCAUGAUAGCCCGUAAUCACGGCCACCUUGUGUGUAUUGCUUGCCAUGGAGGACUGUUUGCAGUGAAUGGUUUAGCAGAUUACUGCGCCAGCAAGUUUGCUGCUGUGGGUUUUGCUGAAUCCAUAGCUUUGGAACUUCUUGUUCUUGGAAAGGAAGGUGUUAAAACCACGAUUGCAUGCCCCUACUUGAUCAACACUACUAUGUUUGCAGGCUGCCAGACAAAGUGGCCUUCGUUUUUGCCUAUCAUGGAUGGGCACGACGCUGCAGAGAAGAUAGUAGACGCCAUCUUAAGAGAGAAGCUCUAUACUCUGCUGCCAUUUAGUUUAUACUUAUUGAUGGCCUUAAAAAGUAUCAUGCCAACCAAACUUGGAAUCAUUUUUGUAAACUUUCUGGGAGGCUUGGACCUCAUGGACCAGUUCAGCGGUGUGCCCCUAUCACCAGCAGCCAGCUGCAGAAAAACACAGGAACCAGCCCAGCUUCCCAAAGAAGAAACAAAUCUGAAGCAAACAGCAGGAAAUAUCUCAGAGUAGAAUUAACAUGAGUGUGACCAGGUAUAGAGGAGUAGAUGUACGGGAUGCAGUUUUCUGUUACAAUGUGUUUGUUCUGUUACAAUACUUUGAGAAAAAUGAAUUAAACUAUUCAUGGACAGUCAUAUUUUCAUACAGAGAGUGAAAUUAAAGGAAUCUACACAUA